AUGCCACGUGGAAGUGAAGUUCAUACAACAAAAAGGCUAAGCGGAUGUCAACAAAGAAAAGCCAAAAUAAAGAAAGAUGAAAUACUAUCUACAUUGCGCGGAUCUAUGAUGCAAUAUGUAAAGGGAUCAGAUGAGGCCCAGAGUUCUUCCAAAGACACAGUUCCUCAACCACAAAAUGAUGAGACUAAUUUAUCUGAUGCUGAAAUAGAGCUUUUAUUAGAAAUACCAAGACUGAGAAGAUAUCUGAAGGCUGCAGAGAUUGAUCUUGAAGAAGCCAAAGACUGGUCAGUUUAUGACUGUAGACCACGGCAGACAGAAGUUUUGCUGGUAAGGUCUUUACUGCUAGCGUACGACUGUAGAGCAUUCAGUAAAUGGGAGUUUCGUGUGAGUUGUCCAGUCAGGCGCAAAACUAGUGAUCCAUGGACUGACCGAAAGUUGAUUUACAUUUUGUAUCCCUCUGACGAUGACCCUCCCAUGAUGGUAUCCUACAAAUCCGAUUUAGUUGCUGUGUGA